AUGUGGAAAAUUCGUAUAAGUAUAAUUACAUUAAUAUUUGUUUUCACUGAAAUUCAAUCGGCAAAAAUAUUAGGAGUGUUUCCAACGCCUUCUAUAAGCCAUCAAGUUGUAUUUCGUCAACUUAUGAUAGAAUUAGCUAGACGUGGACACGAAAUCACAGUGAUAACAACAGAUCUAGCAUUCUCAAAAGGUCAAGCUCCUCAAAACAUAACCGAAAUUGAUGUGCACGAUAUCUCUUACCAACUUUGGCUACAAUUUUUUGCUGAAAAAGUUAACGAGAAAGAUCGUAUUUUGUCGUUUGGAUUAAUUUCUGACUUGCUUCUAGAAAUAUUUGUAAAGCAAUUAAAAUCUUCUGAAAUUCAAAAAUUACUUAACAGGAAUGAAAAUUUCGAUUUAAUAUUUGUCGAAUCCUGUGUACGACCAGCACUUAUUUUUUCAUAUUUAUAUAACGCGCCUGUUAUCGAAUUCAGCUCAGUAAGUGGUAUUUUACUGGCAUUUGAAAUGGUAGGAGCGGCCUCUCAUCCUCUUAUCUAUCCGAAUGUAUUGCACAGAAGAAUUUACAAUUUGACCUUGUGGGAAAAGAUUACGGAAUUGUAUAUUCAUUACUCACAGGAGCAUAUUUUAUUGCAACAAAUAAAUAAAGAAAAUGAAAUUAUGCGGACAAUUUUUGGUUCAGAUGCACCAAAUUUAGACGAUUUGAGACAAAAUGUUCAGAUGUUGUUUUUAAACGUUCAUCCUAUUUGGGAUUUUAAUCGGCCCGUUCCUCCAAAUGUAUUGUAUUUAGGAGGCUUGCAUCAAGGAACUCAACACGAGUUAUCGGCGGAUCUAAAAUUAUAUCUUGACUCUUCGAAAAAUGGAGUUAUAUACGCUAGUUUUGGUACAAAUAUCAAGCCUUCAAUGAUUCCACCAGAUAAAUUAAAAAUAUUUACAGAUGUAUUUUCUCAAUUGACUUACGAUGUUUUAUUUAAAUGGGACAAUGAUGAGCUUCCGGGACGUUCGAAAAAUGUUAAGAUUUCAAAAUGGCUACCACAAUCAGAUUUAUUGAGACAUCCCAAAGUAAAAUUAUUUAUCACACAAGGAGGCUUACAGUCUACGGAUGAAGCACUGACUGCUGGAGUACCUCUUAUUGGUGUACCAAUGUUUGGUGAUCAAUGGUAUAACACCGAACAGUAUGUUAAAUUUAAUAUUGGAAAACAACUUUUAAUCGAAACACUUACAAAAGAACAGUUACUGGAUGACAUUAAGACUGUAAUUAAUGAUAAAAGUUAUCAAGAAAAUAUUGUUAAACUACUUAGAUUUAUGAAUGAUCAACCAAAUACAUCACUGGAACGCGCAGUGUGGUGGACGGAACACGUCUUGCGGCAUAGCCAAGUAGCAUAUCGGCGCACUCCUGCUGCUAACAUACAGUGGACUGAGUAUUAUGAAGUAGAAAUUGUGCUGUUGGCAUUGAGUGCCUUUCAUUCCUAUCCGUUUCUAAUCAAUGUUAAACUCAAUAUGCUGAAAAAACUACUGGAUAUAGUUUGUUUAAUAUUUGUGCUCACUGAAAGUGAAACGGCAAAAAUAUUAGGAGUGUUUCCAACUCCUUCUAUAAGCCAUCAAGUUGUGUUUCGUCCACUAAUAUUAGAACUUGUUAAUCGUGGACAUGAAGUUACAGUAAUAACAACAGAUCCUGCAUUUCCAAAAGGUCAAGCACCUCAAAACCUAACUGAAAUCGACGUUCACGAUAUUUCCUACGAAAUGUGGAAGGCUUUCGGAUUAAGAGGAAACGAGAAAGAUCCAAUAGAAUUUUACCACUUUGCAAGCGAUUUGCUCCUAAAUUUAAUUAUUAAACAAUUAAAGUCUGAUGAAAUACAAAAACUACUACGUAAAAAGGAGAAAUUUGACUUGUUGUUUAUUGAAUCUUGGACACGAUCAGCCAUUGUCUAUUCACAUAUAUACAAUGCGCCUGUUAUCGAAAUCAGCUCAUUCAGUGGUAUUCUUUCGGCCUACGAAGCAAUAGGAGCAGCGUCUCAUCCCCUUAUCUAUCCCAACGCACUGCAGAAAAGAAUUUAUAAUUUAACGUUAUGGGAGAAGAUUACAGAGCUGUAUUAUUAUCACGCGACCAAUUAUGUUCUCGUAAAACACGAACAAACGGCAAAUAAAAUAUUAAAGUCAAUUCUCGGUUCAGACUUACCAGAUUUGAACGAUUUAAGGCAAAAUGUUCGAAUGAUGUUCGUAAAUGUGCAUCCCAUUUGGGAUUUCAAUCGGCCUGUUCCACCAAAUGUGCUGUAUUUAGGAUCAUUGCAUCAAAAACCACAACACGAAUUACCAGAGGAUUUAAAAUUAUAUCUUGAUUCAUCGAAAAAUGGAGUUAUAUAUAUUAGUUUCGGUACAAAUGUUAAACCAUCUAUGUUUCUACCGGAGACACUAGCAAUAUUUAACAAUGUUUUUUCUCAAUUACCUUACGAUUUUUUAUGGAAAUGGGAUAAAGAUGAGCUUCCAGGAAUUCCAAAGAAUGUUAAGAUAUCAAAAUGGCUGCCACAGUCUGAUUUAUUAAGGCAUCCUAAGGUCAAGUUAUUUAUAACCCAAGGGGGCUUACAGUCAACUGAUGAAGCUAUGAGUGCUGGAGUGCCACUUAUUGGCAUACCAAUACUUGCUGACCAAUGGUUUAAUGUCGAGCAAUAUGUUAAAUUUCAUAUUGGAAAAGGACUUUCGAUAGAAACAUUGACGGAGGAACAACUAAUGAAUGCUAUUAAAAGUGUAAUCGACGAUAAAAGUUAUCGUAGGAAUAUUGUUAAGCUACGCAACUUUAUGGAUGAUCAACCACAAUCGUCACUCGAGCGCGCGGUUUGGUGGACGGAACACGUGAUACGGCACGGCGAAGUAGAAUAUCGGCGAACUCCUGCAGCGAAUAUACCAUGGAUUGAAUACUAUGAAAUAAAAAUAGUGUUGUUGCUAUUAACUGCUUUGAUAACGUUGGUGUCAGUCACAGUAUUACCUAAGUUAUUACACCAGCUAUCUGUCAGUCGUUCCAGAGGUUAA